AUGCCGCUUCGGCCAAACGCCCGCGUCCUGCGCGACAUGUCCACGCGCCAGGCCGUCGCCUCGUCCGAGCUGCUGCGCCGCGCCUACAAGUACCUCGCACGCAACACGACGCUGCCCAGCCGCACGCGCCACCAGGCGCAGCUCGGCCUCAACGCGCUGCUGCCAAAGACGCGCCCCGACCGCGUCAAGGAGCGCUGCAUCGAGACGGGCCGUGGGCGCGGCAUCAUCACCGAGUUCGGCCUCUGCCGCUACGCCUUCCGGCUACGGGCGCUCAAGGGCCAGCUGAACGGCGUCGAGAAGGGCUCAUGGUAA